AUGUCUGAUGAACAUCAACAGUCUGAUGAGAAUCGAUCAGAAGAUUCAAAUCAACCAAGUGUGAAUGCUGAUCCUGUGGAACGAGGCAGACAAAUGGGACUUGAAAAUGCUCACGGAGGACAUAGCGUAGGUACAGGCGGACAUGGUCUUACCACUCAUACUGGUAGCGGUCAGCCUCUUGGUGGAAAAACUCUAACUGAUAUAUCUCACUUUAGUCAAAAAGACUUACAUCCUGGUUUAGAUCCUGAUCCUGUUGAACGUGGUAGACAAUUAGGACAUAAUAAUGCUCAAGGUGGACGUUGUGUAGGUACAGGUGGACAUGGAGCAAAUGCAGCUAAAUCAAGCAAAUAA